AUGAACCGGGACAGAGGAGCAGGACCGGACGGGAUUCAGGCCGUCAUAAAUCGGGACAGAACCGCAGCAGGACACCUGGAGGACCCGGUCCAGACCCCACUGAGCCGGGACAAAGCGGUUCUUCAGGUUCCGAACUGCGGGGACGGACUGCAGACCCUGGUGGGUCCGGACAGUGGGGACAUGCUGGACUCAGCCGGUACCGUGGACAAGCGGAUCUUCUCCGGCUCCGUGUCCGGAGGCAGAGAGGCUCAGGCCGUGGAGAACCACACGGAACCGCCCCCCACCAACCCGGUCUUAGUCCCGCCACAACAGGGCCCCCCCGGACACCGGACCACGUCCUUCUCGGUUCUGGACAUUCUGGACCCGAACAAGUUCACGAGCCGCCGGCAGCAGCUGGGCCUGCGGGGGGAGCGGAGCGAGGAGGCCGGCAGGAGCUGCUGUGGAGCCGAGGACUACCAGGACAAGGAGGCCUUUGUGUACAGAAGCCCAGAUGAGGAGGACUACCACAGACCUGACACUCCAGACUCUGAGGCUGCAGACGGACCAUACAGCAGCGAGGAGAGCAGCUCGGCUCUUCCCACCAAUGGAGACAGAGAGUUGGGCCCGCACGGCCAUCCAGACAACAGAGACACCAAGAGCGGGGGCUCCACUGCGCAGAUCACCAAUGGCCAAAGCAAUGGGGGCCCCGGGGCCAAACCCAAGAGAAAACGCUCUGGUUCUGACUCAAAGUCAGGGAAGCCCCGCAGGGCUCGGACUGCCUUCACCUACGAACAGCUGGUGGCGCUGGAGAACAAGUUCAAGUCCACACGGUACCUGUCUGUGUGUGAGCGCCUGAACCUGGCCCUGUCCCUGUCCCUCACCGAGACCCAGGUCAAGAUCUGGUUCCAGAACCGGCGGACCAAGUGGAAGAAGCAAAACCCCGGAGCCGACACCUCUGCCCCCACCGGAGCAGGAGCAGGCAAUGGGGCAGGUGGAGGAUCAGGAGGAGGCCUGGGGGGUCUCAGUCCUCUCAGCCCAUCCCCCCCAGUCAAUGGGCACCUGGCCAUGCACGCAGGCUACGCGGGCCACCAUCACCCCCCCACAGGGAGCCUGGUCCAGCUGCCGUUCCUGACGGCCAGCCACGUCCUGUCUCCGUUUAUGCUGGGGACACAGAGCUACGCUGCCCCUGCCUUCUACAGCACCCAUCUGUAG